ACUCAGGGUUCAAUGAGAGCUGUUUGCCCCACCCAUCUCUUCAACGCUCUCUCUAUCUCAAUGUACAAUUCACUGAGAAAAGGAAAUAAUCGCUAAAAAUACACCCUCGAAAAGGAUUCAUUCGCCACAAUUGGGGGUUCAACGCGCUCCGUCCGUAGGGGAUCCAUCGGUGUCGUUGUGGUAUCGGAUUUAUCUUCACGUAUCCAAAUGCACAUGAUCUACCACCCGAAUUCAAGAGGGAUACAAAGCGUAGCCUGACAGCGGACUCGGACUGCGAUAACCGGUGAAAUAUCGACGGAAUCGGUCACAUUUGCAUCUGCGGUUGUAAGAACCGUUAAGGAUCGCCGCUCGCGUCAAAGCAAAGCCUACGGAUGUGAGCAGAAAUUCAAAUUACAGUAACGGAGAAGACGGCGAAGGGCCUCGUUUGAUUUGGACAAGCCGAAAAAAAGCGAUCAGUCACCAUAAGCAGAACAGGAGGGAAAAUAGCGUCAAUCUGAGGGGAAUUUUUCAGCAACACCACCGUAUUUUUCCUCGCAGACAAACGUCGUUUCGUAACGGAGUUAAAAGGUUCAUGUCGGCCACGGCGCUGGGCGGAAUGAUCCACAUGCCGUCAUUUUGGUGGAAAUAUUUAUUUUUUUAAUUUGUAGCCACCCUUUCUAUCUCGUUCUGCCCGUGUCGUUGCAUCGGCGAACGGAUUCGACAGCAAGAUACCGAAAAGAAUCGCGUUUUGUGGAGCUAUUCAUGAUUUUAAUAGGAGUCGGUCGUUAUAUCGGGACACCGACCAUGGAUUCGCCACGGGAAAUUUGCUAAAUCGCCGUCGUGGGAAAGCCGAAAUCCUUCAUGUAACGUCGAAGGCUUCGCUGGAUGCACAUCCAUACACAGAAAUCUCAUAUUUUAUAGCAGCAAGCGCUCGACAGGACUCGGCCGUCUGUAGGCUGGCCUAGUGUGUUUUCACCAGCACCUAUUCUCGCCAAUACUAGUCACCCAUAACUUAGCUUUCAUAUUUCCCCGUGCUCCCCCUGCCCGUAUCAACUAAAUCCAGGGGAGUCAUGUGCAUACAAGUAUAAAUGUCCCGGUUUUCCAUCAAAGUGUUCUGAUCGGAGGCCAAUCAAGGAAUUUGGAUCAUUUAUUCAUACGGUAGAUUCACCUCCCCCCCACCCCAAAACAAAACUUUUCUUGGGUUUUCGGGAAAAUGGGUUGUUUGGGCAACAGUAAAACUGAGGACCAGAGAAAUGAGGAGAAGGCCCAGCGAGAAGCUAACAAAAAGAUAGAGAAACAGCUCCAGAAAGACAAACAGAUCUACAGGGCAACUCAUCGACUACUACUGUUAGGGGCUGGAGAAUCGGGGAAAAGCACCAUAGUCAAACAGAUGCGCAUUUUACAUGUCAAUGGCUUCAAUGCUGAAGAGAAAAAACAGAAAAUUCAAGACAUCAAGAAUAAUAUAAAAGAAGCUAUAGAGACUAUUGUGACGGCAAUGUCCAUGUUGGUACCUUCAGUUCAGUUAGCCUGUCAAGCAAAUAAAUUUCGAAUUGAUUACAUCCUCAACUUGGCCAAUCAGAAGGACUUUGAGUUCACAACGGUGAGUAGAAAGGAAUUUUAUGAACACACAAAGACCCUGUGGCAGGAUGAAGGGGUGAGAGCUUGCUUCGAAAGAUCCAACGAAUAUCAACUGAUCGACUGCGCACAGUAUUUCCUGGACAGGAUUGACACUGUGAAACAGAGCGACUAUACUCCCACUGAUCAGGACUUGCUCCGAUGCAGAGUUCUGACUUCCGGGAUUUUUGAGACAAGAUUUCAAGUGGACAAAGUUAAUUUUCAUAUGUUUGAUGUUGGAGGACAGAGAGACGAACGCAGGAAAUGGAUCCAGUGUUUUAAUGACGUGACAGCCAUCAUUUUCGUGGUAGCCAGCAGCAGUUAUAACAUGGUGCUCAGAGAGGACAAUCAGACCAACAGACUCCAGGAGGCACUUAACCUGUUCAAGAACAUCUGGAAUAACAGGUGGCUUCGAACUAUUUCUGUCAUUCUGUUCCUAAACAAGCAGGACUUGCUGGCUGAGAAGGUUUUGGCGGGAAAAUCAAAAAUCGAGGAUUAUUUCCCAGAGUUUGCACGCUACACUACGCCAGAUGAUGCAACACCAGAGCAAGGGGAAGAUCCACGAGUUACGAGAGCUAAAUAUUUCAUCCGAGACGAGUUCUUGAGGAUCAGUACAGCGAGUGGAGACGGCCGGCACUACUGCUAUCCCCACUUCACCUGCGCCGUGGACACGGAAAACAUCCGCCGAGUGUUCAACGACUGCAGAGACAUCAUCCAGCGCAUGCACCUACGACAGUACGAACUCUUGUGAUCGCAGCAGGAAUGACGGGACGCAAACUCACCACCUGAACUUUCUUUAGGCCCCCCUGCCCUACAUCACGCCCCAUUAUCAAACCACAAACCUUCAAACUGAUGAGUCCCCACCACUUACACACACAUGCAUAAUAUAUAUAUCUAUAUAUAUACAUACACACACAAAUACACACACACACACACACAUGUGUAUGUAUAUAUAUUCAUAUAUGUAUACAUACAGACACACACACACACACAUGGCCUUUCUCCAUCCUGAGUGACUAGGGGCUGGGGCAAGGGGAUGCACUGUGUUACUGAUGAAAGCGUGGCUGUGAUAUUUGGCAAAAAGACUUGUUAACACAGCCAAGGACUACCAAUGUUAAUAAAAGAGAGAGAGGAAAACAAAACAUGUGAGAGGGAGAGGGAGGGGGGAGAAAAGAGGGAAGAAAAAAAAACUGUCCAGGACUGCUCAGGACAAGGAAGCCAUUUCGUACACAUACAGACAUGCGUCCAGCUAAACUCCUGACCCGCAGUCCUAUGUAUGUUACACGUCAAACUUGUCUCUUUUCCGAUCAUAUGCCUAAACACACGUUACUUAUAUUGAUGCACAAGACAUACACGCGCUAUUCUUAUCCUCCACCGUUUUGGUCCUGUUGAACGUUUAGUGCCUGUGCAAGCCUGGCGUGUCCCUCUCAACUUUUCCCCAUUUUCCCUUUCCCAACACCCCAUCCCACCCCAAAGGUGGACAGAUCCCCCUGGUUGAGAGCAAAACGACGGACCGUACGUUUAAAAAAAACAAACAAUCAAAAAACAGAA